UACGGAAUUAAAGAAACAACGUCCAAUUUGAAAAGAAAAAAUGGCUCUCUCUUGCCCACCUACCCUCCUCUCCGCCCCCCGCCGGAAUCCAUCGACGGCGGCCAGAAUACUCUCAAUUUCCGACCUUUCCGCCGUUUCACCGCCGCGGCAGCCUCAGCUCCACUCCAAGCUAGCUUUAAAACAGCCCCCACUCUCAUCCAUCUUCACCAAACUCUCCAAACCCCACCAGCCCAAAUUGGCCAACACCACAGUGAAAUCCCUUUUCACUGGAAUCGUGGAAGAAAUGGGGACAAUCAAGCACCUGGGUUUCGACCAACCUGACAGUUUCACCAUGAAAAUCCAAGCAAAAACCGUUCUUGAAGGCGUGCACUUGGGCGACAGCAUCGCGGUCAACGGAACCUGCCUAACGGUGACUGAAUUCGACACCGUUUCGUCCGAAUUCUCGGUUGGCUUGGCGCCGGAGACGCUGCGGAAAACCUCUCUGGGCGAAUUGGAGAGUGGGUCUUUGGUCAAUUUGGAGAGGGCGUUGAGCCCUAGCACCAGAAUGGGGGGACAUUUUGUGCAGGGGCACGUCGAUGGGACAGGAGAAAUCGUGGAGUUGAGGCCGGAGGGAGAUUCACUGUGGGUGAAAGUGAAAGUUGGGAGGGAGAUUUUGAGGUACAUUGUGCCUAAGGGGUUUAUUGCUGUGGAUGGGACAAGUUUGACUGUGGUGGAUGUGUUUGAUGAUGAAGGGUGUUUCAAUUUCAUGUUGGUGGCUUACACACAGCAGAAAGUUGUGAUUGCUUUGAAGAAAGUUGGGCAGAAGGUGAAUUUGGAGGUUGAUAUUUUGGGGAAGUAUGUGGAGAGGCUGCUUGGGAGCGGGUUUGUGGAUUCGUUCAAAUCAUCUUGAAGAUUAGUGUUUGCUGCUGUGAACUCCAUUGAUAGGAAUCUCGUGUUCGUGUUCGUGUUCGGUUUUAUGUUGGAGCUGGAGUUAGUAUCAGGAGGUAGCUCUUUCCAAAACAAAUAUGAUGCAAAAUCAUUCACUACACCAAUACAAAAUAGUAGUACUAAUAUUUAUGUUUUCUACCGUUUCUUUAUGGACAAACAACAAAUCUAACUACUUCUCCCUUUCUCUCUUUUUGGUUA